AUGAGUUACGGCCGCCCGCCCCCCGACGUGGAGGGCAUGACCUCCCUGAAGGUGGACAACCUGACCUACCGCACCUCGCCCGACACGCUACGGCGCGUCUUCGAGAAGUACGGGCGCGUCGGCGACGUGUACAUCCCCCGGGACCGCUAUACCAAGGAAUCCCGGGGCUUCGCUUUCGUGCGCUUCCAUGACAAGCGUGACGCCGAGGACGCCAUGGACGCCAUGGACGGCGCCGUACUGGACGGCCGCGAGCUGCGCGUGCAGAUGGCGCGCUACGGCCGCCCGCCCGACUCGCAUCACAGCCGCCGCGGGCCGCCUCCGCGAAGAUACGGCGGCGGCGGCUACGGCCGGCGGAGCCGCAGUCCUCGGCGCCGCCGCCGCUCCCGAAGCCGCUCCCGGUCCCGAUCCCGCAGCCGCAGCCGCUCCCGCUACAGCCGCUCCAAGUCGCGCUCCCGCACACGCUCCCGCUCCCGCUCCACGUCCAAGUCGCGCUCGGCGCGCAGGUCCAAGUCCAAGUCGUCGUCGGUGUCGCGUUCCCGCUCGCGCUCCCGGUCUCGCUCCCGCUCCCGCAGCCCGCCGCCCGUGUCCAAGAGGGAGUCGAAGUCCCGCUCGCGCUCCAAGAGCCCCCCGAAGUCCCCGGAAGAGGAAGGGGCCGUGUCCUCCUAG